ACAGACGGCGGGGAAAUGUUCAAAUCAAAUCAAAACAGGGCAUCUGAAGGUGUUUUCGUGUUAGGGUUUCAAAGGCGAGCGUUCGAUCAAAGAAAGAUGUCUGGAAGAGGCAAAGGCGGUAAGGGGCUCGGCAAAGGAGGAGCAAAGAGGCACAGGAAGGUCCUUCGCGAUAACAUCCAGGGAAUCACAAAGCCUGCCAUCAGGCGUCUGGCCAGAAGAGGAGGCGUCAAGCGUAUCAGUGGGCUUAUCUAUGAAGAGACCAGGGGCGUUCUGAAGAUCUUCUUGGAGAAUGUCAUAAGGGAUGCUGUCACAUACACUGAACAUGCUCGCCGCAAGACAGUUACCGCCAUGGAUGUGGUCUAUGCCCUAAAGAGGCAGGGCAGGACUCUGUAUGGUUUCGGCGGUUAAAUGCUCUGGUUUUACUCUUUUUUCUUUCUGGUGUUUCUUAACACCACUCUCCUUGAUGGAAUUGUUUGCUCAAUGCCUUUUGGGGGUUAGCUAAAAUCUGGUGAUUUUGAAUUCUAUUUAAGGAAUCUGUUCUGUACAUGUAUUUAUGUUGAAUAGUGACUUAUGAUCUUACAGGUAUAUCUAUUAGGCAAUUGGUCUCAUGUGAGUGCCAGUCAGAUUCAUUAGAUUAUGGGAGUUGUGAAUAUACAUAAGAGGAUAAAAGUGUAAGAGAAUGAACAAUUGAUCUUUGGAAUGUACAAUUGUAAGAGUAGUUGAUGUUUGGAAUGUAUGGGGAUAGUGUCUUUAUCUUAA